AUGGCUGGAACAUGGUCGUCCCCUCGUACACCGCCUAAAAAUAAAGGGGCUGGCCCAUUGAGCCUAGAAGGAUUUGUUGAUGACGUGGAUCAUGCACAUAAGGCAACUUGGGACAGUGCAGCCACAUCAAUCUUCCUAGAGUGCGUUAGGGAUGAAAUAUUAGCGGACCGUCGGGUAGGUACAACCAUCACCGUCGUUGGGUAUAAGGAACUUACAAUCAAAUUCGCUAAGCGCACGAGUAGAUGUCAUAAAAUGAAACAGUUAAAGAACAAGUAUGGUAGUUUGAAAAAUGAAUGGCUGACUUCGAACAAGUUAAUGGACAACAGCAAAGGUGUCACCGGCAUUGGGUUUGACAGGGAAAUCGGGUUGUUCACAGCUUCCGAAGAGUGGUUGGAAAGCUUAAAUCAGCAAAUGAAAGAAAUGAGAAAUGUAGAUAGAUCUGAAUCUUCGGAUGCUAGAAUUAACAGGUUAGAAAGAAUGGUUAAAGCCUUAACCGAGUCCUUGAGACAACAACAACAAAGGCAAAUACAUGUACCUGAACCAGCUAAUUGUGAUAUGAUAACACUGACACAGAAAUAUAAUAAGAUGAAGCCACCGGAAUUUCUGGGGGGUAUUCAACCACUGAAAGCCGAGGCUUGGGUUUUAGAAACUAAGAAAAUAUUUAAAGUAUUUCCGUGUACUGAGGCACAAAAAGUUUUGUUCGCGACAUUCACACUUAAAGAAGAAGCUAGGAGAUGGUGGAUGUUAGUACGAAAUGAUAAUGGGGGUAUAACAUGGGACAGAUUUAAAGAAAUUUUCUUUGAAAAAUAUUUUCCCCAAUGCAUCCGAGAUAGGAAGGUAUCCGAAUUUGAACAACUAAAACAAAGCAAUAUGAAUGUAGCCAAAUAUGAAGCAAAAUUUACUGAACUAGCCCGAUGUGCACCACACAUGAUAGACACUAACUACAAAAAGGCUAGAAAAUUUGAAGGUGGGCUUGACCUUGACGUGUUUGAUCGAGUUGGUGUUUUAAAAUUGUCAAAGUAUGUAGAUGUCCUUGACAGAGCACUAAUGUCUGAAGCAAACAUAGCAGCAUUGAAAAUAUCAAAGUCAACAUCAUCAACUGAAUCGGAAGGAAAGAAACAAAAGAAACAGAAAGUUGAAAUGACCAGUAAUUCGAUGACCUCUAUGAAUGAAAAAUCAAAGGCAAGAACUUUUUACAGUGUAAGUCAGGGAAACAAUACGAACAAUGAUAUACCCAUCUGUAAAGAAUGUGGGAAACAACAUUGGGGCAUUUGUCAUUGCCUAUCUGGAGCCUGUUUUAAAUACGGAAAGAGAGGACACUUGGCUAAAUCUUGCCCACGAGCUCAUCCAAACAACACUAGGCCUAAUGUUAGUACGACUAGUUCUAUUCUUGUACCUGGAGACAAGGAAGGGUUUACACCCUAG